ACGCCAAUGCUCCAUCUAAGAAGCACACAAUUGUCUACAUUAGCGUCUCAGAAGAUCAGGGCUCCCCGAUUCGCUCCCGACCCCUUCUUCUAGACGGCCAAAUUCCUUCGAAAUAUGGGCCAGAGUCGAAGUCACGCUUCCGUGUCGAAGAAAAGGGCAGUAUGUAACCAGGAACCAUUUUCACCUGCGGCUACUCCACACUUUUUUUCCUCAGUUCAUCAUAUGCUAGGAUCUUGGCUCGCUAGACCGCCUUGUCCGCCAGUUCAAACCCUUGCCCCCGUAUUCCCCGUCCGAAUGGAUAAGACGUCCCGUAGCGGCCCCCCACUCACCUCGUGCGAAACCAACGUGGGCGUGCCUCUUUCUGUUUCGUCCUCCCUCAAAUACCCUGAAACAACGCUCUUCCGGUCCGUUGCUGCCGAUGUGGGCAUUUCCUAGUUGGGACCAGCAAUAUAGCGCCCUCUCAGACGGACUUGUCAAGUGACAAUGGUUGCACUAGAAGUUACCCAGCGCUCACUUCGAACUC